CCAGGAUACAAGCUUGGUUACAGAACGUAACCGAAUUCGCGCGAAGUCACAAUCAAAGUGUAAGAAUAAGAAUGGAAGCACAAUAUAGCUGUCAUUAGCACAGUCAAACAAAAGCACAUUAAAACAAGCACUGGUACAGUUGGUUAUAAUAAUAAUUGUUUUUAUUAAACCAGUCGUGUUCUCGUGAUAAAUGUGAGUCACUACAAGCGUUCCGUUGACCCUCACACUCUGUCUGCGGUCACAUAAGAUAUUUCCUAUCCACUCAUGUUCCUGCCUGAAGGCAUCGGUGAUCCACUGCUACUAGAUACGGAAGCCCAUUAAGCGAAGGUUUCUUCUAUUCCAUCCAAAACCAUUUGAGGUUUGUCCGGAGCGGUUUUCGCACCUAGCGUUACGCACACUUUUUAUUUAUGAUAAUAUGUCUACACGUAAUCCAUCCCCACCUCCAGAUUAUGACGGAAAUGCCAAACAACUUGAUAUGAUAGGUGACACAACUUACAGCAGACGUUGGCUUUUCUCGUUGUUAAUUAAACUUCUGGAAAAGGUUAAUAGUGAGACCUCUGCAACUUGGCUGAGUUCCGACGAAGAUCCCUCUCGUAAGGAGUCAGAAACAGAACUGGAAGAACAGCUGUGCUGUUUGUGGGAUCUAACUGUCAAUCGUGAUGUCCUGAAAUUUCUCGACGAGUUUGAAAUCGUCUCGAUAUUUAACAAUGCUCUGGGGAGUGUCCAAAACCCCAGGUUACUGGAAAUUAUAGUAGGAAUUUUGGGAAAUCUAGCUUAUGAUCCACUUGCCUGCCGUAAAAUGAGUGAAAGUGAAUCGUUUAUUGUCCGUGUAAUAAACUUGCUUUACACAAGAGAUACGCCUGCACUAAUUGAAACAUGCAGAUUAAUUCAAACUGUGCUUGCUUCAGAUGAAUAUAGAACACCUUGGUUAAAUGAAAUCCGAUUUCAGCCAGAGUUUUUUGAAAAUAUACUUUUUAUUUUGAAAAGCUCAACCAAUGCCACACUUUUAAUAGGUACAGUACGUCUCAUUGACGUCAUUACACGUGAAGAUGACAGUUUAGCUGAGGUUUGGUGUGGUGAGCAUCUGCUUACUGCUAUAUUAAUAGCCCAGCACCAAAUGAAGUGGCUUUAUGGCAGCGAAGUAGAAAUCAUUCAUCGUCUACUUUAUACAUUUUCCUCUAAUGUAAAUGGUGUGUCAGCCCUAGUCAAUUCAUUUUCCGAAGUGUUACCUACUUUUGGUGUUUACUUGCGUAAAGUUUGUGAAGAUGCACCUCACCUCAUCCACUUUGUCACGUACUACAAUAGUUUACGAGCAAUCAUCCCGAUAAUAGAUGUCGUUAUAGCUAGCUUACCGUGCAUGGAUGCCAUGUGUUGUUACUUAUCAGGUAAAUAAACUGCUAUAUCGAGUGUACUUUUUCCUACCUUUUAUACACAGCGUAAUUUUUUGUAGUUUCAAAACUGCUCCACCGUAUGCUUACAGAGAAAUAUUAUUGUCUAGGCUGAAAUUUUGAUGUGAUGCCAAAGCUCGGGAAAGUAAAGCUAAAUUUAGGAAAAAAUAAUUUUUUUCUUCCAAUAUUCACUCACUGUUCAUACUUUCUAGAUCCACAUAUCCUUCCUUCUUUAAUACACAUUGCUUGUGGUUGUCAAAAACAAAAGUCUGAACUACCUUUGGUUCGUGGAAUUUUGGCCGAUUUAAAUGUAUUAUAUAAAGAUAUCAUCAAAUCAAUCAGUUCAUGUUUAGAAACAAUGGAUGAUUCAAACAUAGCACCGUUAACUACAGGUGAAUUACAAUGGUUAGCAAACUUGGAAAGUGAUGAUCAAUUUGGAUUUCGUGAAGCGUUUGUAAAUUGUUGUUUAAAUGAUGGAGAUUCUGAAACUAAAGCUUGUCUUAUUUCUGUAUGUAAUCGGCUAAAGUUACCGAAAAUUUUGGAAUCAGUAACGACAGAUGGUUAAAUGUCAGAAUGAAAUGUUUUAAAACACACAUUCAGAGCUAAAAACGACGAGUGGGAAAUGAGGAAAAAUUUAACACCAACAGAUUUUAUGAGAUCAAAACAUCAGCCAAACUUAAUUUGCCUUUGUAGAUUUUCUAUUAUUUGAUUAAAAAAACUCGUAACACUAA